GCUCCAGCUCGGCGCGCUCAGGCCGGGCCCUCCGCGCGCGCCUCCCGCUCAGGGCGAGCUGCCGGCGUCCCGGGCGCUCGGGCCGCUCGCUGGAAGCCGGGCAUACGGGUCCUGCAAACGCUGACGUUUCUCAGUUUUGUCUUACAAUCUGGUUAAGUUUAGGGACCCAGCUGAGAUUCUCUUAGAAGCUACAGGUUUUUUUAUUGUAUUUUCUAGGCUGAAGGGGAUGCUAAAGGUGAUAAAGCCAAGGUGAAGGACGAA